AUGGAUCAAGUCUACCGAUACGAACUCACCAAAGCCGUCAAGCGCCUUCAGCAGUUAUGGACAGCAUCGACAAGUCUCUCCUCGAGGAUGCGCAAUUCGACGGCGAUCAAGAAUCGAAGUGCACUCAGGGAUGAUGCACUGUCAAUGGUAUCAGGAUACGAGAUCACGGAAGCCAACUAUGAAAUGGCAAUUAAUACGUUGCGUGAAGCCUACUUUCCGUGA